AUGAAGCCAACAACAAUUGACAUUAUACAUGGGGUCUUACACACGAUACUCGAACAUGAGGUUCCUGACGACCUAUUUGUCCAGACCGCCGUCGAAUGUGCGAUUGAAAACAAAAACCUUGCUUCACUAAGAUAUAUUCUAGGCGAGCUGUUGAAUAACCUGCCAGAACACUCACGUCCGAUGAGCACGAUUGCGUUUCACACAAAAUUCCCUACAGAACUUCACGCCGAGCAGUUAGAGCUGGUCAAACAUCCAUUAAUUGCCUUGCUACAGAAGGCAGUGGAUCGUUGUGAGGCAUCAGAAGUCUUGGGAGCCGCCAAAGAAUUCUUCACUCAAUUUCGCAGAGUCGACUUACAUCAAGUGACAGCCAGGACCUCUUCACAAAAUUUUCCUGACCAGCACGAGCUUCUCCUGCCAGGGACCGUUAAAAAGCACUGGUCCACAAAUUUUGUCGGCGGAAGCGAUGAACGACUGAUUAGCGCUCUUGAAGCGUACGAAGCCGAUUUUGAACAGCCGGAUGCCCGGAAAAAAUAUUAUUCUAAACUUAUCAUGUUGAUUCGAAGUAGUGGUGCUGGCAAGUCACGACUUGCCGAUACAGUUGGAAAACGAUGCCUCAUGAUCACCUAUGUUAUUCGUGAUCAUCCAGGUGGCUAUCCUCCUGCCGACUCUGCAAUUUGUGACUUCUUGUCUGCUCACCCCUCCCGGGCAGAAGCAGACAUGAUGUCUCCCAAGAAAAAGACUGCAGAUUAUGCGACUGCCACACAUCGUGUUUAUUCUAUUUGGGCUCACGCGACGAUGAUUGCUCUCAUGCAAUCGACGCUUGAAGAACUUACCAACUACAUUCAGAACAAGUCCACAUCCGCUAGCUCACAGGAGGACGUCGCAAGUAUGGUGUAUCGAGCACUGGCACCUUCAAAUGGCAGGCGAUCUCACAUUCGCUGCGAGCUUUACGAUAAAGUCGUUGAGAAUGCAAAGAAUAUCCGGAAACGCUGUAUUGAGGAAGGAGGGUUCCGUUCGUGCUUUGACAACGUCUCGGGUUCUCAAAUAAGAACUUCUCUACAAGACUCGGGUUGUGCCGCGAUGAGUGAAUUGCGAAAAGCUGCUGUGGAACUCAAAAGUACUUUGGAGGAACUGCCCAGUAGUCAUCCAAAUCUCCCACGCCUCAUUGUCGCUUUCGACGAAGUAGCGAGCCUGCUCUCUGAAGACGAAUACAACAUCCGUUAUAUUGCUUUGAACAGAAUUCUCAGUUGCAUCUCCAAGGGAAAUCCAUUCUGGUAUCUGUUUAUGUCUACUGAAAGCAAAAUCGAUCACUUAUUGCCGCCAGACUCAGUCUCAUCAGAUCAGAGCAAAUUUCCAUCCCAUCGUCCAUCAAGUCGUGGGGAUUUUACACUAAACCGUUUCCCAUCAUUUACAACGUUUGCAUGUGACAUUGACGAUCUCAAGAAGAACUCUACCUUGUACCCAAAGACAGAGUCUAUGUUUACUUUCACCUCCAUUGGCUUCAUGGCCCGCUUUGGUCGACCCCUGUGGCUCGCUUUCGAGGAACCACAGUUGGUUGCUACUGAAAAAAUAUUGGGAACCAAGCAAAGUAAGAGACUCAACCCAUAUGUUCAACAGGAGGUACUCGCAGUGCUGUCCAAUCGCCUGUAUUUGGAUUUCAACAUGGCCAAUCCGACUACCCUUCCUCUUGCGCAAGAUGCCGUCAAUUGUUACAUGCGAGACGUCAUAUCAAUCGAUCCUUCUUCUGGCGUUCUCCAUACCAGAACUCCAAACGAGCCUAUACUAUCCUAUUCCGCCAUGCGGCAUCUUUUCAGUGACGUAUCAAUUUGGCCACAGGCCAUAGAAACCUUCACGCAACAGCUCCUGGACAGAGGGGCUAUUGAGAAAGGUGAAGAAGGAGAAUUGUUCUCAAGACUGAUAUUCACACUUUCUCAUGAUAGACUCGUCAGGUCACAUAUCAUCGAUGGUAAAUUUCAGCCCUCACACCUUACAUUCAAGGUUCGAGACUUUCUGCACGAGCUUUACGCUACAGAAUAUCACCAGAUCAUUGACGAGAUUGAGGAGGGGAUCCUUGACGCCCACAUGAACUUCUUGUCUUUCUCAUCCACAGCUGAAUACCUUACUGGUCGUUCUUUUCAGAAUCUUUGCUACACUUUACUCAGACGAAGCUCAGCCUUACAGCUGGCACCCCAGCAAAGAACGUAUGAUCAGCUGCUGCCAUUCUAUGUGGGCAAUCCCGACGAACCUUUCGACACGAAAAAGGUCGGCGCGAUCUUGGUCCAAGUAAAGAACAGAAUGACAUCGUCUAGCAUUGAUCUCAUCCUUAAGCAGUGUUUCCAGUGGCCACACGCCAACCAUCUCCAUAAGAGAUUCAAGGAACGUAAUUAUGAUUCGCUGCUCAAGGACAACCCUGACACCAAAAUUUUAUUUAUACUCCUCGACUUCGGAAUCAAACCAUCUACUGUGGAGGUGAAAAAAAGCUGCGUAAACCGGCCAUCGGUCUGGGCCAUUCAUUCAAAGGGACACGACGCAGACGUCUUCGGUUGCUUGAAGGGAAUGAAUGUCGGCCCAUGCAUCCCAAGGUUUUUCCGCGGUGACUUCCGCAAGCAAUUCCUAGCCCAUAGACGUUGUGAUCCUCUUCACAACAUUCUCCAUCUAGACACAAUCUCACAGGAUGUCCCAGGUGAAGCCGCCUCCGAGGGAUCGUCAGAAGAUGUCGUGAUGGCUGAUGUUUGA